GUCAUGGCAUCCCGAACAGCGGUGCCGGCCCUCGUGGCCGGUAUGCUCGCGACCGGCAUCUGCAACUCUAUCUUCAACAAAUAUCAAGAUAUGCAAUGCGUCGCGCACUGCGAUGACCCUGAUCCACAACGCCGCACCGACUUCACUCAGCCCGUUUGGCAGACACUGCAAAUGUUCUUGGGAGAAUCCAUCUGCCUGCUGCCAGUAGGAGCACGACUCUUAUGGGAGUACAGGAAAAAACAGGGGCAAUAUAGCGCAGUUGCGCUCCAGGAUCCAGAGCCAGAUGCAGAUCAAGGCAAUGUAGAGCUACAGGAGCAUGAAGCAGUAGGCUUGGCGGCGCAGCCCAAGGAAAUGCAAGGGCGCGCGAUUCUUCUCUUCUUCACUCCUGCCUUGUGCGAUAUCAUCGGUACUUCACUCAUGAAUGUUGGCCUUCUGUUCACACCUGUUAGCAUCUAUCAAAUGACACGCGGAGCGCUCGUCUUAUGGGUGGGAGUCUUUAGCGUCAUCUUUCUGCGACGGCACCUCUUCCUCUUCCAAUGGGUUUGCCUCGCAAUGGUCAUGCUUGGCGUAUCCAUCGUUGGCUUGAGUGGCACUCUCAUCUCUUCGUCUACCAGCGAUGCUCCAAGCAGGCCGGACGAUGACCUCCCGCCGGCAACCCAGGCCAUCCUUGGCGUCCUCCUCAUCCUCUUUGCUCAGAUCUUCACCGCGACUCAGUUUGUGCUAGAGGAGAAGAUUAUGUCCAAGUACACUGUCGAGCCGCUCCUUGCCGUCGGGUAUGAAGGAAUAUUCGGGUUUUCAACCACGCUAGUAGGCAUGAUCUUCCUGCACUACUUCAUUGGCAAGACUCCUGAUGGCAAGGGUGGGCCAUUCGAUCUCCAUGCUGGCUGGUCGCAGAUUAUCUCCGUCCCUGCCAUCCUCUACAGCAGCGUUGCGAUCGCGCUCUCCAUCGCCUUCUUUAACUUCUUUGGACUUUCCGUCACAAGGACAGUCAGUGCAACAGCUAGAAGUACAAUUGAUACCUGCCGUACGCUUGGCAUCUGGAUCGUCAGCCUCCUCGUGGGCUGGGAAGUUUUAUUGCCCCUCACAGGCUCGUUGCAGUGCCUGGGAUUCAUCUUCCUCGUCACAGGUACCAUGGUCUUCAACGGCGUCGUACGACCACCACGCUUCCUCCGACCU